AUGUGUCCAGAAUUCGUGAAUAUUAAAUGUGAAUUUGAUGUUAGAGAUUUAAGCAGUGUUAAAGAAGAACCUCAUACGGAUCAUGAAGUCUCUUUUAGGGAGAAUUUUGUUUCUACGCAUUCAAUUUCCAAGGACAUUCCACAAAAUAUUUCAAUACAUGAGUACUCCAAAUAUACUCCUUCUCUUGUAUGUAAAAAAGAGUCUUCUAUGACACAAGUGACAUCAGAUAAAGAUAAUCUAUAUUCAGGAGUGCGAAAUGUGCCAUCAGAGAACUCCCCUUAUAGCAGGCGAAUU